GACUUGAAGUUGUCGGCGCUUCGACUGAUCGAAUUUUCGCGUCGAGCUAACCAAAGCGGAGAAAAAUCGAAUGGCCCUCUUUUACCUCGGGUAUAAUCGGGCGUGUAUGUCGCUGUGAUAAACAAAUUUUUCAUCGCAGCCAUGGUGCGCAUGAACGUGCUCAGUGAUGCCCUCAAAUCCAUCAACAAUGCUGAGAAGCGAGGCAAGAGGCAAGUGCUUCUUCGCCCAUGCUCCAAAGUCAUUGUCAAAUUCCUCACAGUAAUGAUGAAGCAUGGUUACAUUGGAGAAUUCGAAAUUGUUGAUGACCACAGGAGUGGAAAGGUUGUUGUAAACCUUACCGGAAGGUUGAACAAAUGUGGUGUCAUUUCGCCCAGGUUCGAUGUUCCAAUCACAGACAUUGAGAAGUGGACCAACAACCUUCUCCCAAGUCGUCAGUUUGGAUAUGUUGUGUUGACCACGAGCGGAGGAAUUAUGGACCAUGAAGAGGCCAGGAGGAAACACUUGGGAGGCAAAAUCCUUGGUUUCUUCUUUUAAGUUAAAUCUUGUAUUAAAAACGAAAAAAAAUCGUAUUGAAUAAACGUCAAUACGUA